GCUGCUCCGGCCGCAGGUAGCUGAGGCGCAGGAGCGGCGCGCGCCGGACCCGAGCGGAGCGCCCGGGAGCGGUUGGCCGACACUCAAACAGACUCCCCAAUCCUCCGCCCCGGACGUUAUCAGAGGUUUGUGCGGGCCAUGUGGGCAUCCGGGGUCGCAGCUGAGGGCCUGUGGGUCGCACUGGCACCGCCGCCGUUGCUGCCGCUGCUGCUGCUGGCGCUGGCACUGGUGGCGCCCUCACGGGGCGCCGGGGGCGGCGGGGGCUGCGCGGAGCUGGCGUGCGGCGAGCGGGAGCGCUGCUGCGAAGCGGCCAACGCCACGGCGGUGCGCUGCUGCAAGCUGCCUCUUCACGCCUUCCUUGACAACGUGGGCUGGUUCGUCCGUAAGCUCUCGGGGCUGCUCAUCCUGCUCGUACUCUUCGCCAUCGGCUAUUUCCUGCAGCGCAUCAUCUGCCCCAGCCCACGCAGGUACCGGCGAGGCCAGGCGCGGCCCGGGCAGGCGGGGGUCUCGGGGCAGCCGGGGACCGCGGGGCCACCCGACGAUGACGACGACGACGACUUGCCCGCGCUGCUACACGACGAAGCGGCUGCCGGCUCGCAGGACUCGCUGCUAGACAGUGGUGGCGGCGGCCGCGGUGGCCGGGACCGGGGAGGUGGGGGCCGCCCGGCCACCGCCUGCGUCUCGGAGCACGAGCUGCGCGUAGUCUCGCCAGUCUUCUUGCAGUUGCCCAGCUACGAGGAAGUCAAGUACUUGCCCACCUACGAGGAGUCCAUGCGGUUGCAGGAGCUCAGCCCUGGAGAGGUCGUGCUGCCGGUGUCGGUGCUCGGCCGUCCGCGAGGCGGUGGCGCCGGAGGGCCCGAAGGCGACGAGGGCCACUUCCAGCUCAUCUGAACGCCUGGGGCCGCUUGGGGACCUCGCGGACAGAGCAGGGCUGGAGGCUGCGGGUGGGACGCGGCGGCCGGCUUGGCCGCUGCCAUCGCUCCUGACUCAGACGCCGCAUGGCACCCUGGACCCACCAUCCUUAGCCCGGCGAUGGGUGGGGAUCUCAUCCCACCCCCACCCCGCUGUCCCUCCGGAUCUUAAGUUUCCCCACGUUUCGUUCUGCCUAAAGAGACGUUUGGCAUGCUCGGCGGUAGCGGCAGACGAUCCCCGUGCAUAACUUCGAAGGUCGUCCUGGCUUUCAGCCUCGGCUCGGAAUGUAUUCACUGUAAGUGCCUGCUUCCCGAAUCAAAGCGAACACGUGAGCUCUUCUGUGUGUCGAGAGAAGGGCGGGUUCCUUUAGCGAUGAGGAGAAAGGGGCACAGUUACACUCCCUUCCCUCCUGCUUGGGCAGGUCGUGGUCUCCCAGGAGGGAGGAGCUGUUGUGGGGGAACCGCGUCCUGUGGCUGCUGCGUGAGGUUUUGGAAAAUGAAGCGCUUGGUUAUGAUCAAAUCUCUUACUUGUAGUGGAAUCCAAAGACACCCUUGGUCUCGUCCUGCCCAAGCAUCACAGCUGAUGGCCCACUUUUAGGGGAAAGAGGGUACCCGUAAUAACCGGUUACUUGCUGUAACCUAUCCAGGAAUACGGUUAUAUCCUAGACUGUAUUCAUAGUAAGGUACAGUGGACUUUUGAUUUUUCUAUAACUGAGAAGUUAUAUUUGUCUUUUAUUUUUAUAUUAUUACCAUGUAUCAAGUUCAGUAGGAGGGUAUUUCGGUAAAUUAAUGACAAGAAAAUCACCUUAUCACCUCUUUUAGGUCAUUAAUGGCCAAGAAAUUGCCCACACUCUGUUAUUAUUGCUCAAUACAAUAUUGAACAUUAUUUCAUUAAAAUGGAAAAAAAGAGACAUGGUCUAAUGAGAAAACUUAUGUGACAUAAACGUGAAGGGUAUCAUAUUUUCACUAUAUGAGAACAUAUUUUAUUUUCAGUAUGUAGUAUAAUAUGUAACUUUUUAUAACUGUAUACACACUGAAGUCUAGUUCUAGAUCAUUUGUCACAUAGGUUAUAUGUAAAAAUAAUCAAUACAUAUAUGCCAUACCAUGAAGCAUGAUGUCAUGCACUUUCCCCUCCAUUUUUCAUUUGGAAUACAUUCCACAACACCCUAUGAAGCCUAAGAACUUGUGACUUGUAACUUUUGUUUAAAGCCAUAAUUGUGCAGUAAUGUGCUAUGGAAGGAGUCAACCUGUCCUGAGAAAAAAUAAGUGUCAUUGUAUCAGUUCUAUCAUUCUGUGAAAUGUCCUUUAAGCAAAAGGUAAUAUAAAGUAAUAUAUUAAAAUGCAUUAUGUAUAAUGUACAUAUGCAUAUAUAUAUUUGUGUAUAGUAUACAAAUUGUAUGCUACAAUUAUUACAGUUUAUGACUAUCAUGAAAGGAAAAGGAGUAAAGCAAAAAUGGUUUCUCUGAUUGAGGAAGGUUAAAUAUUACAUCAAGAAAGACUAAACUGCAUCUCACGCAUGGAUCUUGUGAUUGAAAAUGUCUGACAGUUCUGAGAAAUCUUAAAAUGUAUGAAUUGUAUUAGAAGAUAACAGUUUUAAUAUUUUAAACUUCUAAAGGUUAAUCAUUGGAUGCAUAUUAAAACAGAAAAAUGUUUAAAUCUUUGUGCAAAUUUUAACAGAUGUAUGACUAUGUAGCAGUGUAUUAAAAUGAAAUGUACCGUUCAUUUAAAUGCAAUUCUAAGUUUUAAAUUGGGGUAAGUAUCAGGAGUUGAGACUAUAUCAAUUGAGAAUGGUACAAGAUUUAAUGAAAUCACAUUAUAUUGAGGAAUCAACUUAUUAAUGUUCAAAUACUCUUAGGUUUUUGUUACAUGUGGCUAUCUAUACCACCUACUGUUCAGACAAACUGGAAAGUUGCCUUAUUCUUGUAAAUGAUACUUCCUUUGAGGGUACACUGUUUUGUACACAUCUUAAAAUUCAUCCAUAUCUAAAACAUUAAUGUAAGUACCCAAGUACCAGAAUAUGAAACAUAUCCUAUGUGUUGUUACUACUAAAAACUUAUAGAACUUUACAACAAAAACCUGUUAAAAUACACUUAUCCCUUGUGUCAAGUAUGGAACACUUCUCUCCCCUAAAAUUCAGAAUGUCUACAACAUGGUAAUUUCACUUGAUACCAUCAUGCAAUAGGAUUCUAUUGAAUUUUAAAAUUACAAGUUUUUACUUAUGUUUUUUUCCCUGCACAUCAUACAAAUUUUUAUUCACAUCUUUUAGUUCAAUAAAA